AUGUCCAGCAUUCGGGCUAGUGUUGACGCCUUCCAGACAGAAAUUUUCUGGGCAAGGGUAGAAGCGACGAAGAGCAUAAGUGCAAAUAUUUGUUUAUACGAAUUGUGUGGUCAAUUGUUCCCCAUAAGUGAUGAUUUCUUAAAACCAGGAAUUAACGAUUUCUCAACGGUAACGUCAUGCAUAAACACAAAGGAUUUUAUCUUCCUUGGUCCAGUCGCAUUCCUGAACCAUGACUGUGAACCCAAUGUCCAAUGGUACAGUCGUACCAAACGACUGUCUUGCGUAAAAACUGUAUGCCACAUACAAAAGGGCCAUGAGUUGACUGUGUAUUACGGUAGAGAUUUUUUUGGGACGGGCAAUUGUGAAUGUCAGUGUGUCACUUGUGAGAAGAAUGACGCUGGAUUUUUUUCUAAAGCAUCAAGUAUUGAUGAUAAACUUCCUCUGAAAGUAAAAGUAUCACACAAAACUAAGACUGUCAUGAAUGUUGAUGAACAAAAUGAUGAUGAAUCUACAAAAGUCAAUUCAUUUACAAUUUUGGAGUCAUCUACUGAUGUUAAAGAAUUGCCCCCCACUGGCGGCAAUAAUGAAAUUGAUAGUUGUGACAAGAAUGAUGGAGGUGAUGCUGAUGAUGGUGAUGAUGUUUCAAAUAGCACUACCAAUGAUGGGUUACAAUCGUUCCACACGGAUGCAUCAAGUAUUGAUGAUGAACUUCCUUUGAAAGUAAAUGUAUCACACAAAACUAAGACUGACAUGAAUGCUGAUGAACAAAAUGAUGAUCAAUCUACAAACGUCAAUUCAUUAACAAUUUUGGAGUCGGCUACUGGUGUUAAAGAAUUGGCCCCCACUGGCGCUGGAGAGUUGGCCUUGACCGAGCUGGCAGGCAUGGACGAACUGACCACACGUGUUCUUGAAAGAGAUGAUACUGCACUUUAUAGUAAAGGCUGA